ACGUGGCCGGCGCGCCUGGUGCGGGAAGGCUGGGCCGUGUUAGGAGCGAAUUUAGGGGGUCAUGCCGCGGGGUCGUCUCUGCGCCUGCGCCGCUCCGGGAUGCUGAACCUUGCGGCGCUGCUGUGGCGCCGUCUCCUGCGCAAGCGCUGGGUGCUCGCCCUGGUUUUCGGGCUCUCGCUGGUUUACUUCCUCAGCAGCACCUUCAAGCAGGAAGAGAGGGCGGUGAGAGAUCGGAACCUUCUCCAGGUUCAAGACCGUGAACAGCCCAUUCCGUGGAAGGUCCAGUUUAACUUGGGCAACAGCAGCCGGCCCAGCAACCAGUGCCGGAACUCUGUUCAAGGGAAACACCUCAUCACGGACGAGCUGGGUUACGUCUGCGAGAGGAAGGACCUGCUGGCGAAUGGCUGCUGCGAUGUCACUGUCCCCAGCACGAAGCAGUACUGCUGUGAUGGGUGCCUGGCCAAUGGCUGCUGUGAAGCCUACGAGCACUGUGUCUCCUGCUGUCUGCAGCCCAGCAAGCAACUUCUACUGGAGCGCUUCCUCAGCCGGGCAGCUGCGGCCUUCCAGAACCUCUUCAUGGCAGUUGAAGACCACUUCGAGUUGUGCUUGGCUAAGUGCAGGACUUCGUCCCAGAGCGUGCAGCAUGAGAACACGUACCGUGACCCCAUAGCCAAAUACUGCUACGGAGAGAGCCCCCCGGAACUCUUCCCCGAGUGAGGCCUGAUGGAGAGACACACCCAGAACCAGCCUGGUCCACAUGAGACAAUGAAGGAGAAAGCCACACAAGGAUUCUCGGCCUUGACCAUGUGUAGCGGCUUCAAGUGUCUCUGGCUCCUUCGCCACCAGCUGGAGCAGAUGGACGGAGCUGUUCUGUAGAGCUUGCAGGGCCCUGGGCUGCUGGUCAGGGGCCAGGGCUUGAUGCAAUGUUGUAGUUACUCAAUGACUUCUCAGAGCGGUGGAAGGUGCUGUGUUUUGUGCAGGACACCUUUGCCUGUCCAGUUGGAUACACUCAAGGAGGUGACUGCUAACAUCGCUCCUGCACCAGAUGCAAGUUUGUCUCCAGGAGUGCGGGUGUACGGACUUCUUUGGUUGUUUUAACAUCUGACCAGCAAGCCUUGUAUCCAUAGCCCAACCUCUAGGGGUAUGGAGAGCCUCAGGGAGGUGCUGGUCCCCACCGAGCUUUUGUAGAGCAGUCCUGGGAUGCUCAUAUACCUGAAAUAAUGGUUGGGAGGCCUGAAUCCCCGGGUGACUGUUCCAGUGGGGUUUGUUGUCACUGUGUCCCUGUUGAGACCCCCUCAGCCUUGGGGCAGGGGAGCCUUUCUCUCGUCUGUCACAGAGCUGGCAGGGACUGGUGAAUGUGGUCUGCAGUACUCAUUCAUUCUUUACUGCUCUCCUAGCCUGGCUGUGUGCCAGCGGCAAACGCUUGUUAAGCUCUUACUCCAACCUAGAGUUUCAUAUCUGCCCUCAGUGGGAGACAUAUGUGGUAGCCACGACCUGGAGAGUGUCCCAAAGGCGGAUCAGUGUUCGAUGUUGCAGGGGUGGGCUGUUGUCACCAGUAACUGAAAUUUGGGUUUCAAGCAUCAGGGCAAGACACCUCUUCCUUGACGCUCCUGUCUUGCUUUCCGGCCCCCUAUUAACACACACUUCUUCACCGUCCCUUACAGUGGACCAUGGCAUUUUUUGGUUUGGGUUGAGGUUGCCCUGGCGUCAGGCAUGAAUCUCGAUUUUCUCUCAGCAGCUUCAUGGCGCCUUGUCUCCCAGCCACGUUUGCCUUCAGGAUGGAAUUUCCUUCAGCUCCCUCCUGCUUCCUCUUCCUGCUCACCUCUGAACUGUAUUCUGUCACCUCUAGGGAAGGGGCGCAGUCUGAUGGGCAUCUGUUCUCUUGUUUGAUGUUGCUGUGCUGGGAUCAAACCCAGGACUUUGUGUGCGACUGCAGACUUUCUGCUACUGAGCCAUGGCCCUGGCCAGGGAGUCGAUUUUUAGUGUUAGAGCCCAGUGAUUCAGUUCUCUUUGCUCUGGACUUCUCAGUAUGUUGACUCAAAGUUCAUGAAAGAACUGGGUGCACCUACACAUUCUGGCACGUUCUAGAAUGUUCUGGCUUGAUCAUUCUUUCUGAUAACUGGUAUGUUUUUUUUUUUUAAUUCUUGGGGUUUUUUAGUUUUGUUUUGUUUUUAGGCAGGGUCUCCCAUAGCCCAGGCUGCCAUCCAACUCCAUAUGUGUUUGAUGCCAACCUUGAACUCCUGACUGCCCUAUCUGAACCUGCCAAGUGCUGGGAUUAUCAUCAGGCUUUUAAUGCUAGUCCACCCUUGGUCAGCAUUGGUGUUGGUCUGUCUCCCUUGAGUUCGUUUCCACUCAAGAGUGGUGACCCAGGUUUCGGGUGAGCAGUUUAAUGUAAACAUCAUGCCUUUUGCCAGUUCUUUCUGACUUGGUACUGGAAAGGCAUGUCGUGUACGGUCCAUGAGUUUUUUUGUAGUCCCGGGACAGUUGUGAUCAAGAUUCCAGUUUGCUUGUGUUUCACUCAGUGCAUGAGGAAACGGCGAGGGGUGGCCUGCCCUCCCAGAGUCCCCGCCAAGAUAGAAAGAUGAAAACCCACACCAGAACUUCACCUUCAGUGCUGCCCACAUGUCCUCCAGGGCAUCUCCACACCAUCUCCCCUGAGAAUGGGUGGCUUUCAGUUAUCCCAGUCAGGAGAAAGUGGCGUCUGUGUCCACACUGAGUCAGUAAUGCAAAGGUCACUUUCAAUUGACUGUGGCAUGUGGGUUUUGUGUUUCAGUCAAGUAGGGGAAUGCACAUAGGCACGCAUGCGCGCGCGCACACACACACACACACACACACACACACACACACACACACACACACACACACACACACACUACUUUGGAAAGUCCUGGUACUUCAUUCAGACAAAAGUGGCACUGGGCAGGGAAGCCCCACCCCUACCCCCGGCUCACCGCUCUUGCAGGGUUGGUUUUGAGCUCCCUCAAUCCCUCAAUAGGGUUUCUAGAAUCAGGUGAAACAUAUUGGGGGCUUGGGGAAGAGAGGAGGCAAGAAUGUUGUCAACUUAGAUGUUUAACGUUACUAAAUGUGAGGGGAUGUGGGCAGGUAGCUCUCAGGCAUUUCCCUCCCUUCUGAGUGUGCAUUUACUGGGCUUCUUGUUGAGAAUGCUGGGACCCCAAGCCUGUAACCAUGGAGAGAAGAAACACAAUAGUGAGAGGGUUCUGACAUGGAGUGCAGGAGGAGAAUGUGGUCUCCCGGCAGCGCCACACUACACCACAGCCAGGAUGGAAGGGUAGGCUUCUGGUUCUUGUAGAAAUAGAGGAGGCCUUCUAGGGCAAUGAUGGGGUUCUCCACACACCUCAAGGGCUGACUUCAUGGCUUCCCGGGAGUGGAGCAGGGAACUACUGUAGCACGCCGGGAUUCUGGCCCCAGCUGUUCCCAACUUUGGGAUUUGCAGGUAAAUCAUGAACUAGCCUCUUUCUCACAGCCAGGACAGGAAUGUGACUGGGGCCACUUCAGCUUUGCAGUGUGACCUCCUUUGAGUCUUGGGCCUUCUAUUUGGAUAUGGGGUCACGUGUUUACCUGUCUGAGUUUGUCCUAGGAUCCUCUUGAGUGGGAGAUGCUGCCUACUUAAGAGGCCAGUGUCAGUAGCCCCAGGGAGCAGAAUGGGGGAGUGCAAGGAUGAGGAGUCGGGGUUUCUGGGAUAAAAAAGAUACCAGUUAGAGUAAUGAGGAGCUUAGGCUGGGGCCACCUAACUGUAAAGUGAGGACGGGAUCCCUCCAAGGAAUGGCUGAGGGGAAGAUUUCCAUGCAGAUAUGGGGGCAGUCUGAGGUACCUGGAGAGUCCUGAGCAGGGAGAGAGAAUAGUAAACUAAGCAUGUACACGAGAGGAAAACAAAAGAGUGAGGACGCCAAGAGUGUGUGGCCAAAAUGUCAGGCUCAUAUAGGAAUGAGAGGCUGGGGAGGCAAGCGAGAGAAGUUUAGGAGAGACACAGGUGUGGUGCUGAAGCCUGGAGGCAGUGUUGGUACGCUAACAGGCAUCGUAGUCAUUUGUCCAGAGUUGGUUUUUUUGGACCUGACACUAAUGAUAAAAUAGUUGCCUAAAAAUCACACGUCCUAGAGAUGACUACCAGCUAUUUUCAGCUUCCUCUGUGGCUUUCCAGGCAAACAUGGAGUGCUUCCCCCUUGGAAACACUGACCAUGGGUUUCUUGUCUGCAGGCCUGUGUGCAUGAGGCGUGACACUGCUAGUGACGAUUGAGGGUAUCUGGUCCCGUCCCUGGGGGUAGCUUGCUACUACAGGGCACGACUGCUCGCCUCAACUCCUGCAGCCACUGUUUGCUCGUCCGUCCGUCCGUCCGUCAGUCAGCCAUGUCUCAGUCAUCUUUUAAGCUGUUUGCUAAGAAUUCAGUGUUCUCAUUUGUAUUUAUUUUUCUUUCAGUUUUGAAAUGGUGAGCCUGUGUGUAUCAGCUCACCCUGAACAGUGAGUUCUGGUUUACAAAGAGGACUUUUUUUUAAACUUAAGAUUGACUUAGUGGUUAAGCGCUUACUAUUAUGGUGGACCUGGGUUCAGUUCCCAGCAUCCACAUUGGGGGACUCACAACUGAUGGGAUGUGAUGGCCUCUUUUGGCCAUCACAGGUACCUGAAUAUGUAGCAUACAUUCACACAGACACCACAAACACAAAAAUAAUAUAAUAAAAAUGAGCCUUUAAAAGACUAAAUCACAUUUAAUUGUUGUGGGGCGGGGCACAUGCAUACCACGGUUUAGAUCAGAGGAAAAUGUGGAGAUUGGUGCACUCUUCCACCAUAUGGCUUCUGGCAUGGAACUCAGUCAGGUCUUGGUGGCUGUGCCUUGGCCUGUGGAGCCAACUUGCUGGUCCUGCCUAAAUCUGUGUAAGCUAAAUGAUAAAAUACACAAGUGAUAUUGA